UUACCGUGUCUUUAAUAAAAAUUAAUCACAGAGCAAAUUUGUAUAAGCAAGUAUCUUCACCAUAAAUUUAUGUUUCCUUUUCAUAUAUUUAAUUAAACUUAUCUACCUCCCACUCUCGGAUAUCAGUUGUCAUUUCUGUCAUUGGAUUAUUGGCCGUCGUUUACAGAAACCGUGGCUCGAUUUAACCCAUAUUCUUAUCUUUUCAAUAGUAUUGUGUGAUGUUGAUUUUAAAAGAACUAUAAUUUAAAAAAAUGAAGUGCAUCUGUGAUGUGUUAUAAGUAAAAAUAUCUGAACACAAGAUACACUAACUAAGUUACUAAGGUUAAAAUUAUGUGUAAUCGAUAUUUACUUGUACAAAGAUAGAAGAAUUUUGUAUUAAAAUAUAAUCAGGGAGAUGGGUCCUCCUCCGGUUGUGACGGGCGUAUCUCCUAAAGAAGGUCCUCCCGGAACUCGUGUAAUAGUCCGUGGUGAAUUUUUGGGUAACAAGGCACAGGAUCUUAUAGGUUUGACGAUAUGUGGAUGUGAUUGUCUUCUGUCAGCGGAAUGGAAAUCUUCUAACAAAAUUAUUGCUAGAUCGGGACCUUGUAAAGGUCGUGGAGAUAUUAUAGUAACUACCCGUAGUGGAGGACAGGGAACAUCAACAGUACAAUUUCGUGGUUACCAUGAAACUAUAGGUCCUAUGAAAGAAUCUGCAGUUUGGGUCGAAGAAGCUCCUAUGCAAAGUUUUGUAUGGGGAAGAAGAACACUGUCCCCAACUAAUUAUCAACAAGAAGAUCCUCUAGGUUUAAGCGUAGAAGGCAACGACAAAAAGUUUCCUGAAGAUGAAUUAAUAGAAUUAUUUGGAGAAGGUAGCGGUGAUCUUACCAGUGAAAAGUUUCACCCUGGAUGGUUUUUAUUGCAACACCAUCAUGCGACCACUUUUGAAGACUUGAAAGCUGGGUUGGCGUAUCUUAAGAGAAAAGUAAAUUCGCAGAAAGAAGGUCAACUAUCAUUUUUGAAGGCUAAUGUAGGCUCGGUAGUAGAACAAUUAGACACAAUAAUGUUGUUGAAAGAACAGUUUGAAAGUGAUAUAAAAACCUAUGGCAAUGAUCCUACUGAAAAAUUAGAAAAAUCUAUUCAGAGGUCUAUGUCAGAGGCUAACAAAUUAUUUGACGAUGUACUAGCAAGAAGAGACAGAGCAGAUGCAACGAGAAAUGCCCUAGCUGUAAUGCAAAGAUACAAGUUCCUUUUUUGUAUGCCAGUUAAUAUAGACAAGAAUAUAAAACGGAGUAAUUACGAUCUUGUAAUUAACGAUUACGCUAGAGUAAAGAAUUUAUUUAAAAACACAGAAAUUGAUGUUUUCAAACAAGUGUUACAAAAAAUCGACGAUAAAAUUGAUAUGCUUAAAGUGCAUCUAAGGAAAAAGCUUGAAGAAAUGCCUUUCAGUUUGGAGGAGCAUAAAAAGAUAAUCAGAAAUCUUAUUAAUUUGGAAGCCGAAGGAGAUCCAGCUUGGGAUGCAAUAGUUUCACAUUCAAAUUACUUAAAGAAAAGUAUUACCGCCUGUAUGCAAGAACAUUUAGAAAUCGAUAACUUGACUGGAGAGGAUUCGAAUAAAAUGAAAUCGGCGCAGAAUAAUAAACAGUUAAAAUCAAACAAAAAUGAUACAACUAAUGUUCCGCCACAAAUAUCGUGUGUUGAAGCUAUUUGUGACAUAAUAGUUGAACAGUUACCCGAUUUAUGGAGAUUAGGUCAAAGUUAUUUUACAGGACAGUUGCACGUUGCAGUGGAUGCAGAGAAACAAAUUCCGUUCAAGAAUUUAGUAUUGUCAAGCAUGCAGCAUGCUAUGGAAGCAAUGAGAGGUAUAUGUAGCAACGAUUUGGACGCCAUAUGGCUUUUGCACAUCUUACGCAGGAUUAGACAAAUGUAUGCUUCGUUAAUUCAUCUGGAUUUGCCAAACGAAGCAUUGGAUAUUUUCGGAAAAUUUAUACUCGACUUAAGGUUGCAGUGUCUCGGGGCUCUUUUUAAACAAACCGCAGAAAGUAUAUCAGCUUUACAUAAAAAGGAAUCGUGGCAAAUGGAAUAUUUAAACGAAGAUGGUGGCCUUACGAAAGUGCCAUACCUAUUUGAAGAAAUGGUUAUGGAAGUUUCGAAACGAGCACGAGAGAAAGUGGUCGCUUGUGGUCCUCGUGAAGGAGCAUUGUUUGCCAAUCCUGCGCAUCAAAAUUUAUAUUACAAUUCUAUCAAAACAUUGUUCACAUCGUUUACGCGAUGUCUACAGAGUUUGGCAUUUAGCGGGUGCGAAGAAGCUCUAGAUGAUGACGAGUCUUCCGUUUCCCAAUUGGUUGGUUCCCCUUCCGGGUAUAAAAGCAAGGGCAACAAACAUCAAGGCCCAACGUGGGAACAAUGCCUGUUAAUCUCGUUAAGUAAUAUUCGCUAUACACUGAACACCAUCCUACCAAGAAUUGGAGACGCAUUAAAGGAUCUGGAUUAUCCAAGUUUAUCAAACGCGGUUGGAUGGAACUCUGAUUGGACGCAACUAGAAACAUUGGAUACCGCUGUCUUGGAUGCAUACUUGGAACGUCGUUGCGAUCCAUUAGUCGGUACAAUCGAGCCGAGCAUGUAUCUAGGCGGUUUAGAAUGGGACUUUGAAACUGAGCCCACUCACGUGAGACCGUAUGCGCAAGAAAUCUUGGCAAAUUUAAUCGGAGUUCAUGCAGAAGUAUUUACCAUUUCAUCCUCAGCUAAAUUGGAUUUUAGAAACACGGCUUUUAUUUAUCGUAACGCUUUCUUUUUCUUACAGGUACGUCGUGUCGCGCCAGCUUUAUUGCAGCGAGUAUUGUCACAUAUAGUAGAAACUGUAGCGGAAGAACUUGCAAGACUUAUGUCAUGCGUGACUCAAUUUCGACCGGCCGGAGUUGUACAAGCACGAACAGACAUUAUAUUUUUACGAAAUGCUUUACAAUUUUACAGUACGACAAGGGCGAAAAACUUCUUCGAAGAAGCUUUAGAUGCAAUACCACAACCUAUUAGCAAAGAAGAUUGCAUGCGAGUCGACAUGCUGUUAUCAAAAGUGGCAACAUCCAUGCAUUUACAAUUGUCGUGUCUUGCCAGUGAUACAAAAAAUAAUACUCCUACGUUGAUUGCUGAUCCUAAUCGUGUUACCACUGUAUAGUUGUACUAGUAACGUAAGCAUCUAAAUUAAUACAACACUCUGCCCACCAACGUUUUAGUGAGAAGUAAACAUCUAAAAGAAGUUUCUAUGAAUAGUUUCAUACCUGUUUUAUUAA